AUGAUUAUCAAUUCCAUCCCCGACUAUGGAGCUCAAAGACUUUGGUCGGCAAUUUUUUACGGCGUGCACUCCAUCUACAUUUACCCAGUUCUCACGGCGCUAGGCGUUCUGGGAAUCUUCUGCCAAGCUCGUGAGAUUUUGGUUGCACCAUUUCCAAAUGCGCUGAGUCUGCAGGGUCUGGCUAUGCAAGCUCUCAUCUUCACGCUCGUCUCGGUGACAUGGAUACCAAGUCUUCCAUUUCCGUAUGAGAAAUUGGAGGGUCAUUACAGUUGGAAUACCUUUACUGUGUGGUACGGGGCUGUUGGCUUCAUCAUCGUUGACAGCUUUGUCUUCGCCCUCGGCCAGGCAGUGCUUCUGUUACUAGCCUUGAAUCGCUCGUCUUCGAGCAAAGCGACUAUACAACGGGGGACCGAGACAGAGCCGCUUUUGGGGGCCCCCGCAGAGAUGUGA